AUGGAGGAUAGGAUGAAGAAGAGGGUGUUUUCACCGCCAAUUCUGCUUCUCUUUCUAGCUUUCUCCUUUCUUCUCAUGCUUCCCGAAGCCUCUGCUACAAAGUGGACAGUUGGCAACAGCCAGUUUUGGAACCCCAACAUUAACUACACUGAAUGGGCAAAAGGAAAACAUUUCUACCUUGGAGAUUGGCUCUAUUUUGUGUAUGAUCGGAACCAAGCAAACGUGCUGGAGGUGAACCAGACCGAUUAUGAGACUUGUAACUCUGAUCAUCCACUCCAAAAUUGGACUAGGGGUGCAGGUAGAGAUGUGGUUCCACUGAACGUGACCAAAAUUUAUUACAUCAUCAGUGGCAAAGGGUUCUGCUUCAGUGGCAUGAAGGUGGCUGUUCAUGUCGAAAAGCUACCACCACCACCCAAAGCCGCCCCUGUAAAAGCCGGUGCGCCGACCCUCUUCUCCACCAGCCACAUUCUUCUAACGCCGGUUGUUUUUGCCAUCGGAGCAGCGUGGGAUGCAUUCAUUCAUUUCUGGUAG